AGUUGCGCUCCCUCCAAAAAAUCCGCGUGCAUUGGCAACAUUGUUUUUUGGUAGUUUACAAAUAAAAUGGCCGAUAUGUGAGGCUAUUUUGUAUGAACAAUAAAAUAUGCAAUUAUUUAAAAUUAAUGACCAUCGACGGUGCUCGCGACCGAGUGAGAGUGUGGUCCCGAUAGCGCGAAACGCGGAAAAAGUGGACGGACUGUGAGCGAGAGUGCGGGAGUGCCGCGGGAAGAAGGUGGAGGUUGCCCCGAAGAGAACCGUGGACGCCGCGGGUCCGAAGACCGAAACGGAGAUUCGCUCACGGUCUCCAACACAUAGAAAAGCCAUUGAGUGGCGUGUUUUUUUCUAUUGGCGCACAGUGGCGCGGCAACAAUACGAAAGCGGGUGCUGCAUCAACGUAAACUCUCGGAGGAUGUUCGUAAUGUGAAGACGCCUGCUCCGGUAUUAUUCCGGCAAUCGCCCGCCUCGUGUCUCUCUCAAGGCAGCACGGAUGCGUGUUCCAUCCUACUUAUGAUCCGCGCGAGAUAUUAACCAUUGUUACAGAGUCCCGUAUCAUGUGGCCCGUAUAGCUCGAAUAUCAUUGCCACUCCUGGCGCAGAUAUGAUACUCCUCGCAUUUUGCGUUCGGCAGCGAGAUACUGGAGUGUGACGGGUACGUUCAACCUCUCAAAAUAUUUCCCACAGAUCAGUUUGUUGUAGUGGAAAGGGUUGGUGCGGAAAAUGCGCUGACGGAGCGGUCUGUCAAUACCAAUCAGGCUACUAACCCAUCCAUUACAACUCUCACGAAUAUGUGUACGGCUCCUAGCAAUGCCAGUGCAGGAUUCGGUGGAUACGCUUGGUCCUUCAGCGGGCCAGGGACGGAGACCCGGGAAAAUACCCAGAACGACCUCACAACAAACAUCAAUUACGCUGUCAACAAUAAUCAAGAUCAAGGAUCCAGUCAGAAGAUACAGGUUGACAUUAAGCCGGCCAAGGUUGCCGCUACCGCGCAUCGUCGCCCAAUGUUCGCAAUGAAUGACAGUUGUCAACAAACACCUACUACGCAUCAUGGCCACACCAGCGGCGGAGCGCACAAUCAAACUGCCCACGGCACUCAUGUUCGUACUAAAAAGCAUCACGACGUAUUUUCAUUACCGUGCGACAAGGGAGGCUGUAACUGCGACUCGCCACACCCCACGCCAGCACCCACCCUGUUUCCAAACACCUUAGUUUUUACAACCGACAAGCACGCCAUGAGUAAGCACUUCAUGACACCCCUCGGGCCGUUGCAACUUACGGCGGAAGAAUGUAAUGAAAUUUUAAUGAAGAGAGCCGCAGCAGCGUCGAAUCAAGCCAACGCGGCGAAUAACGUGACAACGAACCAGACGGACAGUACCACACACUUCGGGCAUGUUCUCACUCAUGUGAAUACAACGCAGAUCGAGACCAAGGUCAAGCAGCAGCAAGAUAUGGGAAGCCAAGUCCGCGUGCCGAAGGAACGGCCGUAUUCCUGUACAGAGUGCGGCAAGUCUUUCCUGCUGAAGCAUCAUCUCACGACGCACGCGAGGGUACACACCGGAGAACGACCUCACAUUUGCGUUCAUUGUGGCAAAAGUUUCGCGCACAAACAUUGUCUUCAUACGCAUUUACUGCUGCAUAGCGCCGAAAGACCGUACCAAUGUCGCGAAUGUAAAAAGUCUUUCACGCUGAAGCAUCAUCUCGUAACGCAUACCCGCGUGCAUACGCGGGAACGGCCCUUCGUCUGCCAGGAAUGUGGCAGAGCCUUCCCUCUGAAGCGUCACUUGGUGACGCACAGUAAGUUCCAUUCGGGAGAAAGACCUUACGUUUGCGAGGAAUGUGGCGAAUCGUUUUCUCAAAAGGAUCACCUCACGAUGCACUCGCGCUUUCACGGCAGUCUACAUCCGUUCGUUUGCCACGAUUGCGGCGCGACCUUCCAGAGGAAGUUCGAGCUGGUUAAUCACGGUCGUUUACACGGCAGAAAUCCGCAUUCGUGUACUGUUUGUGGGAAGGAGUUUCUGCAAAAGCGAACACUCUUAGCUCAUAUGCGUUUACAUACCGGCGAAACGCCUUUCGCUUGCACCGUCUGCGGAGAAGCAUUCCCUCGGAAGGCGGACCUGGUCACUCACUCCAAGAUUCACAAUAGCAAUGCAAAUACCGAUGAGAAAUCUCUCACGUGCAGGGAAUGCGGGCUCGAAUUUUCGAAUCGGGAAGCCUUGACUCUACAUCUAAGGUUACAUUCUGGCGAUCGCACACUCGUGACAGACCUGUGCGGCUUGGCGGCCGCCUUUCAACAAACUCCGGGACAUUUUCUCACUCCGAAUACUCCGGGAACUCAUCAGUAUUUACAGAUGAACGGCCCGAUCGGCACGCCCGGCGUCAGUCAUAUGCACGGCGCGACGCAAACGUCACCCCCGGUGGGGACAGGACCGAAGCCUAAACCGCAUAUCUGUCCCGACUGUGGUCGCGGUUUUGCACAAAAGCACGGCUUGUCGCAGCAUCAACGGCGUCAUACGGACGGCAGCUGCCACAUAAGAUCCCACGUGUGCGACAAGUGCGGCAAAGCCUUCUUCCAGAAGAAUCAUCUGUUGUUACAUCAGCGCCAGCAUAUGGACCCACCACCCAGUAUACUUAGACAGCAACAGAGGCAAGCUGCCCAAGCCGCCGCUCAACAGGCGCAACAGCAGCAACAAGCACAGCAGGCGCAGCAGCAACAGGCGCAACAGCAGCAAGCGCAGCAGCAGGUACAGCAGCAAGUGCAGCAACAAGUGCAACCGCAGCAGCAGCCGCAACAGCAGCAGCAGUCAUGUACCGUCGAUACGAAAACGAUGCAAUUACAGGCGAUACAACAGCAGGUGCAACAACAAGUGCAGCAACAGCAGCAGCAACAGCAGCAACAACAACAACAACAACAACAAACGCAACAACAAGCUUGUCCCGUAGAUUCUAAAGCAAUACAGCUGAAUGUCACCAUGUGAGACGGUAUAAAGACAGGGGACUGGAGAGUCCCUGCAACAAUAGCACUCCCAAAUGCGCACCCUGCUGCCACCCUCUGCACGCACUUCUCUUGUACUAACAAUACACAUUAGAUAUAUUUAUUAUCUCUAGAUUUGAGUACGAAAAUAAUCAAUUUUAUUACGA